AACCCCCCACCCCCAGAACUAGAGAGGUUGGGUGUACCUGUCUGGAAUUGAUUGAAGGCAAACUCUCCUCCGCUCCCGCAAGCAAGCGCUGCGAGCUCAGCCAGAGCCGCCGCCGCCGCCGCCGCCGGUCUAGAUGCGAGUGCAGGCUUAACUCUUUCCUGGCUCUCUGGAUUUGUACCAUGCUCAAGAUCCUGACCAAGAAACUCAGGAAUCAGAGUCUGAAUGAGAUCCAGCCCUUCCAGGUAAAGAUUUCCUAUCCCCCAAGUGAUGAGGAUGGGAGUGAUGAUUCUGAAGGAGAGAACCAGGAACUGGCUCAGAUUGACAGAGAAAGAAGACGGAAUUGCACCUUAAUGCCCUUGGCGAACAACCAGCUGCAGAAUCAAGAAAAUCAGUGCUGCAAAGUACGGGCUCAUUAUCCUCCUGGGCUGGACCACCACAGCUCUGAAGAAGAGCUGGAAUGCAUCAACCGUGAAUUUGCCGCCGAGAAACGCAAGUGGUCGCAAGUCAACAGACUGGCUUGCUGUGGUGAUAGCUACAACACCUCCUCUAGCGAUGAGGAAGUAAAGAACUUGUGCAGCAUGUCCUUCCGGCCUGUGGUGGAUGCAGCAGAGAACUUGCAUGCCAGCCCCAGUCCGGUGCUCUUUAGUGCCUCUCCUCCCAAGAGACUCCAUCCCUUAGUACGGUCUCCAGUCUCUCGGCCUCUCAUAUUCACCAGCGUCAGUGCCAGCUUUGAGCAAGCAAUGCCAUGCAAGCGACACCGGCAAGGCUAUGGAGACAAGAUUGCUCGGCCCAGCCUAGACCUAGAAAAAAUGCAACAGAAGAUGCUGUUUAAGAAGAAUUGUGGCACAAAGACAAGAAUAAUAAAAAUUCGUCAUAUCAAUGGGAGCCGACCACCACCUCAUUUUGUGUAUGACCCGUCAAUGUUUGCCUUCCGAUCCCUGAGCACCUUGAAGCCUCUGAGCCCGGUAGCUCCAGUUGAAGAACCAUCAUGUGCCUACUGAAGGAAGUCCUCAAAACUCUCAGGAAUCAUAUCAAUCAAUGGGCCAGCAGGGACAUGUUAUGGGAGGACCUGAAUCUGAAAUAACCACUGAGAUCCUUGGUUAACAGGAGAUGAGUGAUUUUUCUCAUGUCUGGUUUUCAUGCUGUUGUGACUUCGGAAUAUUGACAGGAAGGGAAUGUAUGUGCAUUGAGCAAGCUAGGCUUGUAAGCCAUAGUGCAAUUAACAAGAUGGCUUCUGGUAAACAGAAAGCUAGUGUCAUAUCAAAGAAUGUUGGGAUGUUGCCCUAAUGAAGGAACGGUCAUGCAUGUGCUGGAGUGUGAUCAAUAAGCAGGUUUCAUUGGUUUCCUGCUCCAAGUCUAGCUGACCUGUUCUUUCUACACAGGGCUAUCCAAGUGGACUUGAUUACUCUCCAAGGAUCUCACUGUUGACUGUUAAUGUCAAGACAGAGCUGGCCUUAUAUAGAGCCGGCGUUAGCUGUCUGUGGAGGAUGUUUUGUUCACAUGUGACAAAGUUAUAGGCGAAAGUGAGAAGUGUACAGGAGAGGUGAAUGGCUUCAAUAAAUCACAAAAUAUUUGCUUUUUUUGAACUACAACUCAGAGAGUUCCCAAAGUUGCAUGGCCAGCGGCCGUGCUUUUGAGGAAUUCUGGGAGCUGUAGUCCCAAAAAUGCAAACACACAAACCUCUAAUAAACAGUAGUAGCAUAUGCUCUAAAAAAUACUUUCUCCAUGGGCGGGUGGGGGGAACGUUUGAAAAAAUAUAAGGAGAAACAGAGCAUGCUGUGACAGAUCAGAUGUUGGUUUUAUCUAGAAUCCAUGAGGAAAUGUGAAGAGGCCCAAUUUCCUCUCACUUCAGCCCCUUCCACAAUCUUAUGAGCUGUAUGUGUGUCACUUCCUUAUAUCUCUAUUCUCUGUGUCUGUAGAACAUGUAUGAAAACUGCAACUGUAGGUACAGGUGCUAAACCGCAUGCUUGGCCCCACCUGUUUGUCCCAGUAUAUUGGAGCUAUGCUGGAAUAGCAGUGCAAGGGAUAGAAGCCCCAAGGUGGGUGGAGGAGUGCCUUUCCUUUUGUAUGUAACUCCACCAGUUUAGGUUUAUUUUACGUAGUGGAGACAACAAUUUGUGAGUGUUCCCACCCAUUUGCAUACGUAGCUCAUGCAGGUAUAGGAGAUGGGAAAGCAGAGUGACAGAACUGUUUCAAUAACAGGUUAUGACACCAUCCUCACACAAUGGUGAUUCCCUAACUGUGUUGCUGAAAUAUUCAUGGAAGGGAAUGCGCUAGCCUCCCCUCCUUCCCAUGUUCCUUUGCUUGCUAGAAGGCAGUGUGCCUGAUAGGAAGAGCAUCUUCUACCCUUGCAGGAUGUCCACAUGUGCAAAAACAUGGAAUAAUAGGGGUUCAUUCUCAUAUAGAGAACCUCUGUCGGUAGAAGAAGCACUAUCUUUCAGAUGCAGUGUUUUUCUACAGCCAAAGUGAUGCUGGAAAAAGUGAGGCUAAACGACAUGCUUGAUGACCACCAGAAUAGACCUGGAGAAACGGAGCAUUUCUGCUGUUAAGUGGCUGAAAUUCUAUAGGGUCUCCUGCUAACUCAGUGAUACCUGGUGUGUACUGAGCUUUAGGAAAUUGAAGUUUUACACUGUUCUCUGUGACUAUAUGAUUUCAAGGGUAUCUACUCAAAUGUUUAUCUUAUCUGUGUACUAAUAAUGUGGUGGAUAAUCUUGGAAGCACUCACGCUGCUUGAUAUCCAUUUUAAAAAGAUCUAAAACAAUUAUUUGGGAAAUGCAAUUUUUGCUGGUUUCAGAUCAUUGUCUUUUGCAUUUAGGACAUUAGGUUUUGAUUUCUGCCAUGGAAUGUCGCCCAUGUGGACAAGGCCAACUUCACUCGUUGAUGAUGUUGGAAGCUGAAGGCCAGAAACUCUUUUAAGCUAUGAGUGUGCAUUAACAAUGCUGCACGUAGUCCUUCCUGUAGUGAUGUUGUGCUACUGGCAGGGAGCAUUAAGAUAAAGGGACCCCAUGUAUUGAUUUCUCAUUACACAGUUCCACAUCAGGUUCAUAGAUGUGAACAGCCCUCUUUUCCACCAGCAUAUUGAUAAGAGAAAAAUUAAGCUGUUCUUUGUCCAUUGGGUAUGCUCUGAUGAGAAUAAAAUCAGCAAUGCAAUGCAACAAGACAGAUGUUUAAAAACAUGUGUUUUUCUCUUUUUAGUGGAAGAAGAGAAUUCAUUUUCUUCCUUUGGAUCUUAACUGUGAUUUUUUGCAGGCACCAUGGUAUGAUGGGAUCUGUCGUCAUGAGCUUGAUUUUUCUAUAGAAAUGACAAGGGCAAAUGUGAACUGUUUUUACUGUUUCUGUAAGUUGGGUUUGGCCUGCAAACAGCCAAUGUGUGUCAUGGUGAGGAGAGGUAUGGAGGAGCUUACUCCUCUAUCAAAAGCCACCCUCUCUUGUGCAGAAUGCCUUUUUUUCUUUUGCUGAAUAGCUGUCUACUUUUGAUUGGCCAAGACGAUACCGUCCCAUCUGACGCUCCGAGGUGAAAGAACAGAGGGGAAGGUGACCUCUGUUGAAUGUGGCCUUCCUUUAUUACUUAAUGUAACAUUGCUCUCUCUCACUGGUUUUUCAGUCAGAACAAUAAAGUUAAACUUUAACUGCU